AUGAAGUACUUCCCUCCUCAAAAGGCUAAUGCAAGAAGAACCGAGUUGAUGACCUUUAAGGAGGAGCAAGAUGAGCUCUUUCAUGAGACGUGGGAGAGAUUCAAGGAUCUUGAGCUUGGUUGCCCUAAUCAUGGCCAAUCUCAAUAUAUGCUUAUGAGCCUAUUUUAUCAAGGCUUGACAUCGGAGACUCGAAGGAAGGUUGAUAAUGCAAGCAAUGGUGAUUUCAUAGACUUAGUGGCGGAUGAAGCCCAUCGAGUAUUAGAGAAGCUUGCGGAGCGGUCUCAAUUGUGGGAUAAUAACCCGCAAGUUCGCAAGCCUUCUUCUUCACAUUUAUCUCUAAGGGAAGCAACUCAACCGAAAACCGGUGGCAUAUAUGAAGUCAAGGCAUCAAGCUUGGAUGUGCAUCAAGAGUUUAAGAGGUUAGAAGAAAGUCUUAAUAAGAAGUUUGAUAUGCUUUUGAAGCAAGGAAAGCAAGGAGGCCGUGAGAAGGUUAAUGAGGUUCAAGGGCCACAAAUUGUUUUCCCGAGAUCAUUGAAGAAUGUAAGCAAAUGGCAUAUUCAAGACCGAAGAAUGACCCUUAUUCCAACACUUACAAUCCCGGAUGGAGAAACCACCUUAAUUUCUCAUGGGGUGGGGAACCAAGGUAUGAGUUGCAACAAUCAAGGGAGUGGCAACUAUGGAGGUGCUAGUGGGAGCCAAAGCUUUCAAGGAAACAAAGGUGCGACUAAUGGAAGUUAUGGUGGCAAUGUUUAUCCUAAGCCACCUUAUCAAGCAAGACCUCCUUUUCAAGCUCCUAAUACUCAAGUGCCACAUCCUCCUCAAGUGGAUGCUCCUAAAUCAAGCCUUGAAGAGAUGCUUGCCAAGGUUUUGGCAAAUCAAAACGAGCUUAUUCAAAGUGUUCGAAAUGAUGUGGCCUCCACUACUCAAGGAUUGCAUAAGCUUGAAGCGCAAAUGGGGCAAUUGGCUAAUGAGAUGAGAGAAAGGAAGCAAGGAGAAUUGCCUUCCAUGACCGAGAAGAAUCCACGAAUCAACCAAGCCAAGGCCAUAUGA